AUGGCUGAUGAUGUAGAAAUCGAAGAAAUCGACCCAUUUCUAGGCGAGGAAGAAAUGGUGGAGAUUGACCCCCAAGAUGCAUCAGAAGGCGAGCUCUCCGAAACCAAUGAACCUUCUGCAGCGAAUCCAACAACCAAGAAGGAUGUUCCCUUUGCUGAAGGGGACCUUGGUUAUACUUUACUCAAGGAAUUCCUGGUUGAGGAAUUCAAAUUGAAGCUUGAGGCAAACCCAAAACCAACUGAACCUGUAACAGCUCAAAAGGAACAGCUUAUUGAAUCCAAUGACGAAGACUUCAACUAUUAA